GCGGCCAAUGCCUUUUAGCACCUUUAACAGAAGAAGAGGAACGUCCUCUGUGUAGCGAUUUCAAACAUGGGCUCAAGAGUAACACGCCUGAUCAGAAACUUUAAUCUAGAGAACCGAGCUCAACGAGAAAUAAGCAAAACAAAACCUACAGCAGCACCUCGACAUCCAUCCAGCAGAAGUCCAGGAGAAGAGCUCCCGGGAGAGGUUCACCUGAAGAAUGAUCCACUGCUGUCGAUGCUCAAGGACGUUUAUGUGGAGUCUAAAGAUCCAGAUCCUCAGGCUGAAGCAGGUCCCGAGGUUAAGAAGGUCGAGGAGGACACGCCGCGCAGGGCACUAAAGUACAGUCUGCCGGGAGACCCCUAUGGUUUCUGUGAUGUCACUGAUGUUCCCAAAGGCAGACUGUCGCUUGUGGAAGCUUUAACUGCCCUGAACAAUCACAAACGCCUCCCUAAGACAUGGACUCCAGAGAAGCUGGCACAGGAGUACUCUCUGGACCCGAAAGAUGCCAAAGCACUGACUGAAUUCUUUUUCCCCUUUGACAUCAAAAUCAUUCCACCAAAAACAGAGGAGACUCAACAGAUCAAGGAUUCUUAGCACAUAUGAACACUGUCGCAUACAGACUCGAGCCGUCUCUGAAACACGCACAGUAUCUAUCUAAAUAAAUGUUUUGACAUGUUGCUUGUAGUGUGUUUGUAUUGUUUGUUUUUGAAGAGCCUGUCAUAAUUAUUUAUUCAUUUGUUGUCUCGUUUAAAGCAUGGCAUAUGUAUUUUAGUAAUAACUAAGCUAAGGUAAUGUAAACAUUACUGGACUGGAAAUCUUAUGUCAGCCAGAUCAAUUUCUAAUGUAAAACAUCAGUACGGAUUAUAAUUUUUAAUAUGAAGAAACUGGCUCAGAAAUGCAUUAUGUUUAUGUGAACACUGCAGGUUGCAUCUGUUUUCACUGACAAUAAAUCACUUGCCCCAUG